AGGCAAGACAGCCCCCAAGGCCUUGUGGUAGUCGUAGUCUCUGGAGCCACUUCCGCGCCGGAGUUUCGCGUGUUCGGCAGUUUGGACCGUCCAGCACCGCGUUCUACUCAGGAGAAGCCGACCCCUCCCGCCUCGCCAGGAACUCGCGAUGCCCGCCCCGCAGUGCGCCUCCUGCCACAAAGCGCGAGCCGCCCUCCGCCGUCCGCGCUCGGGCCAGGCGCUGUGCGCCACCUGCUUCUGCGCCACCUUCGAGGCCGAGGUGCUGCACACGGUGGUCGCGGGCCGCCUGCUGCCGCCCGGCGCAGUGGUGGCCGUGGGCGCCUCGGGCGGCAAGGACUCCACUGUGCUGGCGCACGUGCUGCGCGAGCUGGCCCCGCGCCUGGGCAUCUCGCUGCACCUCGUGGCCGUGGACGAGGGCAUCGGCGGCUACCGGGACGCGGCGCUGGCGGCCGUGCGGCGGCAAGCAGCACGCUGGGAGCUCCCGCUCACCGUCGUGGCCUACGCAGAGCUCUUCGGGGGCUGGACGAUGGACGCCGUGGCCCGCAGCACGGCCGGCUCCGGCCGCAGCCGCUCCUGUUGCACCUUCUGUGGGGUGCUGCGACGCCGGGCGCUAGAGGAAGGGGCGCGCCGCGUGGGAGCCACGCACGUCGUGACGGGACACAACGCCGACGACAUGGCGGAGACGGUGCUCAUGAACUUCCUGCGGGGCGACGCGGGCCGGCUGGCGCGGGGCGGGGGCCUGGGCUCUCCGGGCGAGGGGGGCUCCCUGCCGCGCUGCCGCCCGCUGCAGCUGGCCUCGCAGAAGGAGGUGGUGCUGUACGCGCACUUCCGCCGCCUGGACUACUUCUCCGAGGAGUGCGUGUACGCGCCCGAGGCCUUCCGCGGCCACGCGCGCGACCUGCUCAAGCUUCUGGAGGCGGCGCGGCCGUCGGCGGUGCUGGACCUCGUGCACUCGGCCGAGCGCCUGGCGCUGGCCCCGGCCGCGCGGCCCCCGCCCCCCGGCGCCUGCUCCCGCUGCGGGGCGCUGGCCAGCCGCGCGCUGUGCCAGGCCUGCGCCCUCCUGGACGGCCUGAACCGCGGCCGGCCCCGCCUGGCCAUCGGCAAGGGCCGCCGGGGGCUGGACGAGGAGGCCGCCGGGUCUCCGCGGGAGCCACAGCCGUCCGGACCCCCGACUUCGGAGCCCAUCCCCGGCUUCUAGAGACUCCAGUUCUCCCCUGGGAUCCGACGACGUGGGAGUGCGGGGCCGCCUGUAAAUGACCCUGUGAAGGAACCCGAGUUACCUUAGCCCGGGCUUCGGCGUGAGGUUGGGAAGGGGUCGGAACCCCUUACCUGUGGUCCUGCAGAACCUGGGGCUCUGCGCUCCUGGGGCUGCGGAGGACUCCUGGGUGUCUGGGGGACCCCUGGGCCUCAGAGAGGAGAGAACUAAACAACUUUCCAUUCCUGAGCGAGUGGGAAUUAGGGGGCUGCUUGCCUGUACCUCUGUGGGGCUCUGGGCAUGCUCAGAUAGUCCUAACCCUUCUUGAGCGCCUACUGUGUGCCUGAUGUUUCAUGUUUGCGUGUAGUGGGAUAAGCAAAACCAUGUAACUUGAUGGGCACGUCAGGUACAGCAAUCGUGAUGCUUCUGUGUGAGCGCUGUGUACAGGGCAGGCGCUGGAUCAUCUCAUUUCAUCUGCACCACGAUCUCAUUGGCUGUAGCCUGAGCCUCAUAACUGGCCUGAGGUCACCUUGCUGGAGCCCCAACUGGGGGCUCACACCCAGGUCUGCCUGGGGCUCCUCAAGACAGUGUAUUUAGCCCUUACCCCCCCCUCCCCGCCCACCACCACCUGAAUCUCUGUGUGAUGGGUGGGGAGCCGCUGGGUGAGCUCCCCAGCCCUCAGAUUUCUGGAGGCAGAGCUGGGUGAACCUGGGUCAGUGACUUAACCUCUCUGGUCUUCCAUUGCCUCCUCUGAGAAUGGAAUCAAAGCCUCCCACUGAAGCACUGUUGUGAAUAUUUGAUAAAGCGCUCAAUAAAUGGUGUCCGACUUGGU